GCCGGCCCCUUUGCUGAAGAACGCGUUGUUGUCGGAGUCGAAGGCCCGUGAGCUCUACAUGCAGGUUCUCCAGCACAUGAGGAAGAUGUUUCAGGAGGCUCGACUGGUCCACGCUGACCUCAGCGAAUUUAACAUGCUAUUUCACAACGGAGAUGCUUACAUAAUCGACGUGUCCCAGUCAGUGGAGCACGACCAUCCUCAUGCUCUGGAGUUCCUCAGGAAGGACUGCAGCAAUGUCAACGAGUUCUUUGUAAAGCGUGGUGUGGCAGUGAUGACGGUCAGAGAGCUGUUUGACUUCAUCACCGACCCGUCGAUCACCUGCCACAACAUGGACCAGUACCUGGAGAAGGUGAUGGUGAUCGCAGCUGAGAGGACGUCAGAGCAGCGAACAGAUCAGGACAGAGUAGACGAGGAGGUGUUUAAGAAGGCCUAUAUCCCUCGCACUCUGACAGAGGUCAGCCACUACGAGCGAGACAUCGACCUGAUGAAGUUGAAGGAAGAGGAGUCAGCCAUCAGCGGACAUAACGACAACGUUCUGUAUCAGACGCUGAGUGGACUGAAGAAGGAUCUGUCUGGAGUUCAAAUGGUUCCUGCUCUCCUGGAGGAUGACCAGUCUUCAUCAGAGGAGGAGGAGGAGGAGGAGGAGGAGGACGACGACGACAAUCAGCAGGAGCACAAUCAGCAGGAGCAGAGUGAGGAUGUUUCCAUGGACAAAAAGGAGAAGAAGAAGAUCGUCAAAGAAGCUCAGAGAGAAAAAAGAAAAAACAAAGUCCCGAAACACAUGAAGAAGAGGAAAGAGAAAGUGUCCAAGAUGAAGAAAGGAAGAUGAUUCCUGUUUGUCAGUGUGGACUUCAUGUUUGUCAUGAUGCCGUUAAUCUUCUGUAAACAUGAAAACCAGACUGAGCACAGGGACCUGAAGUGCUUCUGUUUCUGUUAGUGGCGGCUGUCAUCCAAUCCCAGCUGUCAACCAAUCACAGCUCGUCUUUUACAGAUGUUUGAAACAGAAGUUAACCCUUUCUGGAUGAAACAAAACAAAACCUUCAGACGACAGAAACAUCAGAUCAAGAAGGUUCUACUGACGUUCUACUGACAUUCUACUGACGUUCUACUGACGUCCCCUGUAUUGACAGUUGUAAGAAGAUCAGUGAGAUUAUAGAAAACAUGAGAAAUAAAACAUUAAAUCACCUUUUA